AUGUUGGAGGAGAAGAAGACCAAGGUGAAGAUCACGUUCUUCGUCAUCCUGGUGGGCAUCUCCUGCAUGCUGGCUGCCAUGGUGACGGACCACUGGACUGUACUGAGUCCGCCGUUUGACAAAUUCAACGCCACCUGUGAGACGGCCCACUUUGGCCUCUGGAAGCUCUGCAUGAAGACCAUCUUCAUGGUGGAAGAGGACCCAGAGGGCCUGGGCUGUGGCCCCAUCAGUCUGCCCGGAGGUAAGGGCUGCUUUUACCCUCUGUCUCUGUUAGGGUCAGUGAGUCUAACUAGAGCUAAGGGGCCUAUACUGUAUGUCCUCCAGGUGGUAUGCAGGUUGACAUUUAUUGGGAUGAAUCUUGUCCUGGAGGCAGAGCUGAGUGAUUUCCACUUGUUUGGCCAGCUGCAAUGUCAAUAUAUCGUAAAAAUUCAUGAAAACUAAAAGGAGCUUUUUGGUCUUAAUUUAAGGUUAGGGUUAGGCAUAAGGUUAGCAGUGUGGUUUAGGUUAGGGUUAGGUUUAAAAUCCAAUUUUAUGACUUUGUGGGUGUUCCAGCUAGUGACCACCCUGCAGAGCUGCCUCCAGUACACAAGUCAUCCCAAUAAAUGCCAACCUGCAGGUGGUGCAGUGUGAUUGUUUCUAACCCUCUGUGUCAGUUAGUGUAAGGCUGUGUCCCAAAUGAAACCCUAUUCCCUAUAUAGUGUACUACUUCUGACCAGACACUACAUAGGGAAUAGGGUGCCAUUUGAGACAUAGACAGAGUUUAAUAACUAGCAGAGCAGUAAAUGGCUAUUUGCCCUCCUGUCUCUGGGUUAAUGUCUGCUUGCCUGGAAGGUGUGGGUUUUUCUAACCCCUGUCUUCUUUCUAAAGAAAAUGUAGUUAACCCCUUUCUCUGUCUAGUAGUGUCUCCCCAGAGGCAAGGGGCUCUUGACCAUCUCUGUCUCUUUAUUAGUGUAACCCUACAGUGAGGAACGGAAAGGGCGAGGGGUUACAUGGGCUGCAUUGUAUCAUGCUGUUUCUGGUGGGGGUCCUUACCAAUAUGCAGCCUUCCAAUUCGAAUUUGUCAGGGAUUCAGGGACUCUCCCCCUGCUUUUCUGUCUGAGCAUACAGUAGACAUGCCCCUCUACACUUCCAGAUCCAUCUCCCCAGAUGUCAGCGUCAGUAAGAGGGCAGAGGAGACAGAGCUGAGAGUGAGUGGUGUGAGUGUGGUACCCUCUCAUAUGCACACACACACACACACACACACAUACACACACACACACACACACACACACACACACACACACACACACACACACACACACACACAGACAGACAGCCAGACAGACAGCCAGACAGACAGCCAGACAGACAGACAGACAGACAGACAGACAACAGACAGACAGACAGACAGACAGACAGACAGACAGACAGACAGACAGACAGACAGACAGACAGACAGACAGACAGACAGACAGACACACAGACAGACAUACAGACAUACAGACACACAGACACACACACAGACACACACACAGACACACACACAGACACACACACACACACACACACACACACACACACACACACACAGACACACAGACACACACACAGACACACACACACACACACACACACACAGACACACACACAGACACACACACACACACACACACACACACACACACACACACACACACACACACACACACACACACACACACACACACAGACACAGACACAGACACACACACAGACACAGACACACACACACACACACACACACACACACACACACACACACACACACACACACACACACACACACACACACACACACACACACACACACACACACAGACACACACACACACACACACACACACAGACACACACACAUAGACACACACACACACACACAGACACACAGACACACACACACACAUAGACACACACACACAGACACACACACACAGCCCCCCAAAGUUACUGUGUGCGGGUGGGUCAGCUCUAACUGUGUGUGUGUGUGAGAGAGAGACAGAGAGAGAGACAGAGAGAGAGAGUGAGGGAGAGAGAGGCAGGUUAACUGUGUGUGUGUGGACAAGAUAGAGCUGCUCUUCCUCCUGGGGAAGGCCUGCCCGCUCCAUAACCUCUCCAUCAUGGCUGACAACUCCAGUGUCCCCCUCACAGAGUGCAAAGAACCUUUGCGUGACCCUGUCGUUCUCUGCAAACAUCAAAGCAGUGACUCGCUCCUGCAGGUUGAUGCUCUACAACAUCCGUAGAGUACGACCCUACCUCAAACAGGAAGUGGGGCAGGUCCUAAUCCAGGCACUUGUCAUCUCCCGUCUGGACUACUGCAACUCGCUGUUGGCUGGGCUCCCUGCUUUUGCCAUCAAACCCUUGCAACUUAUCCAGAACACCGCAGCCCGCCUGGUGUUCAACCUUCCCAAGUUCUCCUACGUCACCCCGCUCCUCCGCACUCUCCACUGGCUUCCAGUCGAAGCUCACAUCCACUACAAGACCAUGGUACUUACCUAUGGAGCAGCAAGAAUAACUGCCCCUUCCUACCUUCAGGCUAUGCUCAAACCUUACACCCCAACACGAGUACUCCGUUCUGACACCUCUGGUCUCUUGGUCCUCCCACCCCUACAGGAGGUCAGCUCCCGCUCAGCCCAGUCAAAGCUCUUCUCUGUCCUGGCACCCCAAUGGUGGAACCAGCUUCCCCCUGAAGCUAGGACAGCAGAGUCUUCCAAAAACAUCUGAAACCCUACCUCUUCAAAGAGUAUCUUUAAAUAAUCCCACUGCACUCUCUCCUUAGUUUAGGAAAUUGCCUUCCAUAAACUAACACUCCCCCCUACUAGCUCUGACUUUGCUGAUAGCUACUGUAUUGAGGAAAGAAAUUACUUACAACCACAUAUCAGUCACUUACUAUGACUGAUAUGUGGUUGUCCCACCUAGCCAUCUUAAGAUUAAUGCACUAACUGUGAGUCGCUCUGGAUAAGAGUGUCUGCUAAAUGACUAAAAUGUAAAUGUAAAUGUGUGUGUGUGCAGAGGCGUUAUGCCCAUAGCGGGCACAAGAGCACGUAUCCCCUCAGGAUGCUAGAUACUCUAGUGCGUGCAGACAGCAUCGUCAGUGGAGGAGGAGAGAGAGUGUAGAGUGAAACACACAGCUUUUGAUUUGAUUUUAUCUGCUGGUGAUGGGCAGGACUCGCAGGAGGUGUGUUUGUAAAUUAAUUUGAUCAAGCUUUGAAGCCUAUUGAUUCCUUCUUGAUGAAUAAAUACAAUCAAAAUGUUUUGUUAUUUCUCUGUAAUACUAUUGAUUCCUUCUUGAUGAAUAAAUACAAUCAAAAUGUUUUGUUAUUUCUCUGUAAUACUAGCCACCUAGCAAUUUAAUUAAGUGGCUUUAGCUAGCCAGCUAGAUAGGUUCCCAAUCUCCCAACCUCAUAACUAUCUACCAAUCCAUUUCAGACUAUCAAUCAAGUUAGAGUAGCUUGUCUAACUAUCUUAGCUGGCAUGCCUGCUGGCAAGGUUGCUAGACAUUAGAAAAUACUAUAAUUGCUUUAAUUCUUGGGUUAUGAUACUAUAUACCAGUAUGGAAGUUAUACUACACUCAUAAGACAUGAAAGUUCUUAAAGAAUCAACGUGAAUCAUAAAUAAAAAUUACAAUGAACAGGUAAAGAUGUAUGCUUAGAUAACUUUUGCAGAAAAAUAGACAUAUCUUUGAAUUAGGGGUAAUGAUUAAGGCUCUAGAUUACAGGAAAAAGCUGUUUCAGGUGACUAUAGUCCGCAAAAACACUACAGUUCCUCCUCCUACAGACCCCUCUGUUCCUCCUCCUACAGACCCCUCUGUUCCUCCUCCUACAGACCCCUCUGUUCCUCCUCCUACAGACCCCUCUGUUCCCCCUCCUACAGACCCCUCUGUUCCUCCUCCUACAGACCCCUCUGUUCCUCCUCCUACAGACCCCUCUGUUCCUCCUCCUACAGACCCCUCUGUUCCUCCUCUUACAGACCCCUCUGUUCCCCCUCCUACAGACCCCUCUGUUCCUCCUCCUACAGACCCCUCUGUUCCUCCUCCUACAGACCCCUCUGUUCCUCCUCUUACAGACCCCUCUGUUCCUCCUCCUACAGACCCCUCUGUUCCUCCUCCUACAGACCCCUCUGUUCCUCCUCCUACAGACCCCUCUGUUCCUCCUCCUACAGACCCCUCUGUUCCUCCUCCUACAGACCCCUCUGUUCCUCCUCUUACAGACCCCUCUGUUCCUCCUCCUACAGACCCCUCUGUUCCUCCUCCUACAGACCCCUCUGUUCCUCCUCCUACAGACCCCUCUGCUGCUGCACCUCUGGAUCCCUGCUGGACUAAACAGAGUGUGCCUCCCAGCUGCUGUCAGAGUGUUAGGGAGACUCUGAUAGAAACGUAG